AUGGAUGAUGAUUUCGGCUUUGAUUCAGCCGACGAGGCCGACCUGCUCGCAGUUGUUGAUGGCGUUGUUCCUGCCAUGAAGCGGGCGAGUGAUGCCCCAAGCAACCUGGAUGAGCCUGUAUCAAAACGCCAAAAAGCUUCCGAUCAUUCCGAAUUAUCAGAGCGCGUGCUGAAAGAACGUUUCGGACUGAAUUUCUUUCGUCUAGAGCAGAGAGCAGUCAUCAAUCGACUGCUCGAAGGCGAAAGUGCCGUUGUCGUUUUCCCCACUGGUGGAGGCAAGAGCUUGUGCUAUCAGGUCCCUGCGGUUGCGAUCAAAGAGCUUGACCGAGAGACUGGCUUACGCAGCCCAGAGGAUAGUGGUGUUUCGGUCGUCAUCUCCCCUCUCAUUGCGUUGAUGAAGGACCAAGUAGACGCUCUUCGUCGACGAGGAAUUUCUGCUGCGGUUCUCGAUUCGACGCAGAGCCGAGAAGAGUUCGUCGAGACUCACAACAAGCUGGCAAAUGGCAAGCUGGAUCUCCUCUACUGCGCACCUGAGAGGCUGAACAACGAGGGAUUCCUUGCAUCCCUUCAGUCCAUCCGUGGCGGUAUCCGUUUGUUGGCCAUUGACGAAGCUCACUGUAUCUCAGAGUGGGGACAUUCCUUUCGGCCAGACUACCUCAAAAUUGCCCGAUUCGCGAAAGAAGCUCAUGUCGAGAGAGUUGUGUGCCUCACAGCGACCGCCACUGCUACAGUUGCUGAAGACAUUCGAGCUACAUUCAACAUCCCUCCCGAGGGCCUCUUCGUCACCAGCAUGUACCGCCCCAACCUACGUCUGAUCGUCGAGCCAAUCAGUUCGGAUGAGGACCAAGUCGAGAUAUGUUCACGCUUCUUGAAGAAGAACCCCGGGCCAGCGAUCAUCUAUGUUACCACACACGCGGGCACCGAGAGUCUUGCGGGGAAUUUGGUCAAAAAGAAGUUCAACGCGCGACCUUAUCACGCGGGGCUCAACAAGGACACGCGAUCUGAGAUACAGGACAAAUUUCUGCGGAGUGACAACAUGAUCAUUGUAGGCACUAUUGCUUUUGGCAUGGGCAUCGAUAAGGAAAACGUCCGAACCAUCAUCCACUUCGAUCUUCCCAGUAGUAUCGAGGCAUACAGUCAGCAAAUUGGGCGAGCUGGACGUGACGGCAAGCCAAGUACAUGUUUGCUAUACCUUUCCAACAAGGACUUCUUCCUCAGGAAUAUCAUGGUACAUGGAGAGCGGCCGUCAAGACUGGCUUUACGCGCUCUAUUUGACGAGAUUUGCAGCACCGAGAACUGCCAGAUGAGAGCCGGCGACACAUUCUCCGUGGCCAUGGCCUCCCAGUCAAGACGUGUGGAUAUUAGGGAAACUCAACUUUCUAUCAUCUACGCUUAUCUUGAGUUGAAGUUUGGCCUCCUUCGGGCCAGUACCCCACAGUAUUCCGAGUACAAAUAUCAAGUACUGCAACCCAGGUCGGUGGCUGCCGAUUCAUCGCCAGCAGCCGAGUACAUCCAGAGACAUUCUGGAAAAGCCCAGCUGUGGACUCAUAUCGAUGUUGAUGUUCCUGCCAACAGUGGCAGUGUGACACGGGCUGAUGUUACCAGAAAGCUGGACUCGUGGGCCGAGUCUGGCGUCAUCAAGCUCGACAAGAAAGGUGUCCAGAAGGUGUUCCGUCUCAGGAAGCCUUUGCCGAGCAGGAGAAAUGGAAUCGAUAGCAUCGUUGACGAGAUCGACAGAGAGAUAACGAAAAAGGAGAAGCAAGACUUGCGGCGAGUGCAAGAUCUUGUUGACCUCCUAACGGGCGCAGCGUGUUUGACCCGUGGCCUGGCGGCCUACUUCGCUGAUACGACCCACGCGUUGACCACAGAGUGUGGCCACUGCACUUGGUGUGAGACUCACAAGCAGGUCAAGCUGCCAGAUUUUGUGCCCCAAACUCUGGAUGAGCAGAACAUGAGGAAAGUAUUGAAUGUUGCCGCCAAGGAAGAUGCACGCUUUAUGGCGUGCGUGGCCUUCGGUAUCAAGACACCGCGUAUCAGCAGCAUGGGUCUUCACAAUAACAAGGCUGUAUUUGAGACGAUGAGCAAUUGCAACUUCAAUGAUCUAGUUGACACAUUUGAGAAGAUGGUGAAAUGA